UAGCCCUUAAUCGAGGAGAAAAGUAGCUCCAGACACCCUUCAAACCCAACCAGCACCACACAGCGCCAGGAAGCCCCCAAAACAAUGGCAAAAUUCCUGUCUCAGGAUCAAAUUAAUGAGUUCAAGGAAUGUUUCUCCCUCUACGACAAGAAACAAAAAGGGAAGAUCAAAGCCUCUGACCUGAUGGUAGUGAUGAGGUGCCUGGGAGCCAGCCCAACGCCAGGAGAGGUGCAGAGACACCUGCACCUGCACAAGAUCGACAGGAACGCGGAGCUGGAUUUCUCCACUUUCCUCAACAUCAUGUACAGGCAGAUGAAACAGGAGGAGCCCGAGACCGAAAUCCUCACUGCUUUGUCCAUGAUAGACAGGCAGAAGGAAGGCAUUAUCAGCAUUUCGGAGCUGAGAGCCAAACUCACAAGACUAGGAGAAAAGCUUUCUGAGGAAGAAGUUGAUGACCUGCUGAAAGAUGUCAAAGUUGGACCAAGGGGAACAAUCAAAUAUGAAGAGUUUGUCCGCGCUGUUUGUCUUCCUGCUGUUGACUAUUAACGUUCAAACCAAGAGAUUUGCUAAGAGCAGGACCUGAAUCUGUUUUGGACUUCUUUUUUCUAGUUACUACUCAGGCUGUGGAAAAUCUUUUGCCUUCAAAAAGCCUUAAUUUUGCCUUCAAGACAGUGGUUAUGCAGGUUCCCAGCUCACAUCUGAGCAUGAGCUCUCUGGCAACUCAAUAAACUGAAUAUAACAUCC